AUUUGCAAUUUUUCUAAGAUGGAUACCGCUCAAAGGAUCGUUGGAGUCAAGUACGAGUGCUUGCUUUUUGAUGUGGAUGACACACUCUACCCAUUGAGCUCAGGUCUCAAUUUGUCAUGUUGCAAGAACAUACAAGAGUAUAUGUUAGAACACUUGCAUAUUGAACAGAGUGAAGUACCAAAGAUGUGCCUAGAUUUAUAUGGGGAAUAUGGUACAACUAUGGCAGGAUUGAAGGUCCUUGGUUAUGAGUUUGACAAUGACGAGUUUCAUGCUUAUAUACAUGGAAGAUUACCAUACGAGAAACUGAAGCCUGAUCCAGUAUUAAGGAACCUUCUGCUUUCCAUGCCCCAGCGUAAAAUAAUAUUCACCAAUGCAGAUCACGCACAUGCAGUUAAAGUUCUCAACAGAUUGGGCUUGGAAGAUUGUUUUGAGGGCAUCAUAUGCUUUGAAACGCUUAAUCCUCCCAAACAAAGAUGUUUCAACUCCCACUCUCAAAUCCUUUGCAAACCAUCUGUGGAAGCUUUCGAAGCUGCUAUUCGGACUGCUAACGUGGAUCCUGAGAAAACGGUUUUCUUUGAUGACAGCGCUAGAAAUGUUGCAAGUGGAAAAGUAGCAGGACUUCACACUGUUAUCGUGGGCCGUUCAGAUCUGGUGCCUGGCGCUGAUCAUGCCCUGAAUAGCAUUCAUAAUAUCAAAGAAGCAUUGCCUGAAAUAUGGGAGGCUGAGGAAGGCACGCAAGAGCAAAUGAUCCAAACCCCAGCAGUUGAAACUAUGGUCCUUGCAUAGGAUUUUGCUUGGAUAAAAUAUUUUAAC